AUGUCCUUCUCACGAAGUAAAUUCGAUAAAUGGUAUGACCUCUAUGUUGUUGCAACUUUUUCGGCUGGCGGUGGAGACGAUUGUCUAGGUUCUCUAGUGGAAGGUCCCGGUGUCAAGCCCUUGAGCUUUGAUCCACCAAAGGCUUUAGACAUGGACAUGCAGAUGAUCGUACUUUAUACUGUGCCCUUCAACCUGUUUGCCAUCAUGUCGGAAGACAGAUAUAGUCAAGAGUGUACGAUUGCAAACCAGCAUGAGACGGACGGCGAUCUGAAGAUGGGUGAAGCGCCGAUCAAGGGAAGCAGCAGCAACUUUCAAUUUGCACAUGAUGCCUCAACAGGAAAGACGGCGCAUCACAUGUUCGAAAUUCGAGGACAGCCAGUUGCUCAGUGUCACGACGUUGUGGAGCUUGCUUUGGAUUUAGGACUCGACACGGUCCUUUGGGCGUUCAGCGCACAAGGGUGGACGCAGGCGUGGAAUUUGCAUGGUGGGCGUGGAGACACCUCUAGCCAUGUAUUGGUGCAACCAGAUGGAAGUUUACGACAUGUCGAUUCUGACGGAGACUGUAUCAUGACCGAUGGCGAUCAGUUUUUCCCAACCCCAAACGUGACAAUUGAGCUUAUAGCAAAUCUGGAGGCGAUCAUGUCGAUAAAGGCAGAUGCGACCUUCCAAGUGCCACAAGAAAGGUAUUGCGGCCCUUUGAAUGGACGUGUUUCGAGAAUAUGA